CAUGCGUUAGCGGGCUCAUUCGCCGGCUUCGCGGAGCACUCGGUCAUGUUCCCGGUCGACACAGUCAAGACGAUGAUGCAGGCGCGGCCGCAGCACUGCACGCUGCCGCUCGCCGCACAUCGCGGAGGGCAGACUGCAGUGCUCGCCGCGGCCCCGCUCACGCCGAUCGACGUGGCGGCACGGCUGUGGAGGAACCACGGAGGCAUGCGGCUCUGGCGCGGCGUCCAGACAAUGUUUAUCGGCUGCAUCCCGGCGCACGGGGCGUACUUCACGAUCUGCGGCGGCGCGGGCGGCGGCGCGGCGGGCGGCGGGGCGAGUGCGACGGCGGAGAGCGCGCAGGCCCUGGCGGCGGGCGGGGCUGUGGCGCUGGGCACGAUCGCCCACGACCUGAUCAUGACGCCGAUGGACGUGUGCAAGCAGCGGAUGCAGCUCUCUGCGGGCGGGUCACCCGGCGUGUACGCUUGCGCGUGCACCAUCCUCCAGCAGGAGGGCGCACGCGCCUUUUGGCUCUCGUACCCGACCACGCUGCUGAUGAACCUGCCAUACGCACUCCUGAUGGGGUCUGCAAACGAGCGCUUGCGCCAGCCCCCCCCACCACCACCACCACCAUCACCACCAGGUGCCCUCGCCGGCGGCCUCACUAACCCGCUCGACGUCGUCAAGACGCGCCUCCAGACGCAGCACCUCGUCGCCGCGCCCCUCGUCGCCGCCCCUCCGCCGGCAGCGGCGCACGCCGCCGCCGCGCCUCUCACCUACGAAGGCAUGCGGCACGCGGCGCAGUCCAUCUGGGCGGAGGAGGGGGCGCGCGGCUUCCUGCGCGGCGCGACGGCGCGGAUGAGCGCGCACGCGCCUUCGGUCGCCAUCUGCUGGACCACGUACGAGUCGAUCAAGCUCGUCCUC